AUGGAUAUAUGUCCUUUAGAUGAUAUUUCGCCACCAGCAACGCCGCCUAACUUCAACUUUGGCUCCUCUUCACAUAACAACACUCCAUUGCCCCAUUUCAAAAGUCUAAGUCGACCUUCCCAGCGACCUAAAAUCUCAUUAAACAACUUAGAAAAUACCGAAGUUGAAUAUGCCUUUGACGAAGAACAACUUGCGCAUCUAAAGAGCCUAAGUCGAGCUUUUCAACAACUGAAUCCUCUUCAAAAGCAGUUUUUUUUACAGGAGAUGAUCAAUAGCUGCGAUAACUCUCAGCUCACUUAUCUCAAUAAUCUUAUAUCUCCUCGACUGAAAAUUGAUUUCCUCAAAGAGUUGCCGAUCGAAAUUUCGCUCCAUGUCUUGACCUUUAUUGACGAUCCAAAGACUUUAGCCAGAGCAGCCACUGUUUCUACAUUCUGGAACUCUUUACUGAAAGAUGAAGCUGCAUGGAAAGCACUAUGUAUGAAACAUCAGUAUCGUCGACGCAACUCUAGCAUUUGUGGUGGAGAGCUUUUGCAACCGCCGAGUCAACGGCUUAACUUUUCAUACCGAGAAUAUUUUAAGAAAAAAUACAACAUCGCUUCUGCUUGGGCCCAUGGCGGCAAAGUCAAAGUAGUAGAACAAGGUUUUGGCGAUGGGUUAGUCACUUCUUUACAAUACGAUGAAAAGUUCAUCGUGGUAGGUUGCGAUAACCAUAAAAUUGAAGUCUUUGAUACACAGACUGCAGAAAAAGUGCGGACUUUGGAAGGGCAUGAAGGCGGUGUUUGGGCAUUACAAUUCAAAGGUGGCGGAAAGAAUGAUCCUGAAAGAGUACUUGUGACAGGUGGAUGCGAUAGGGAUGUACGUGUGUGGGAUUUGAAUACCGGAGUAUUGCGUCACGUUUUACGUGGUCAUAACUCAACUGUACGUUGUUUGAAAAUGAAAGACAAGAGAAUCGCAAUAACAGGCUCAAGAGACACAACGAUGAGAGUAUGGGAUAUUCAACGAGGUACUUUGAUUCACGUACUUCUUGGUCAUCAAGCAAGUGUGCGCUGUAUGGAAAUUCAUGGAAAUAUCGUCGUAUCCGGCUCUUAUGAUUCAACAGCGAGAGUCUGGGAUUUGAGAACAGGAAGAUGUUUGCAUGUGCUCACGGGUCAUUAUACACAAAUUUAUGCUAUUGCAUUCGAUGGCCAGAAAGUGGUAACAGGAUCUUUAGAUUCCCAUAUCCGUGUCUGGUCCGCGGAGACAGGGCAGUGUCUUGCCAUUCUGCAGGGACAUACCUCCUUAGUGGGACAACUACAGUUAUCAGGCACAACACUUGUUAGUGCUGGUUCAGAUGGUUGUUUACGUGUUUGGGACCUUCAGCGCUAUGAGUGUGUCCAUCAAAUCUCAGCUCAUGAUAAUUCAGUGACCUGUUUACAAUUUGACGAUCGUCGCAUAGUUAGUGCAGGCAAUGACGGUCGUGUAAAAAUUUGGGAUCUCAAAUUAGGACGUUUGAUACGGAAUUUCACUUUGCCGGCUAAAACAGUGUGGAAAGUUCAAUUUACAGAAACCAAAGCAGUAGUUGUGAUGCAGAGACGUCGAUCCCUGAAUUCAGACGAGGGAAAGACAGUGAUGGAAGUACAUGAUUUUGAAACGGAUGAAGCAGCCGUAGACUAUUUCUCGACGUCAACAGACAUGGUCAUUGAUACCUUUUAA